AUGGCAUCUUUAUGGGAGAAGACCCAAGAAAAUCAGGAGAAUCUAGAGGCAGAGAAGAGAAUGACGUCUCGGUGGAUGGACUAUGUGACUCUGCAGAAAGAGAUGAUCAGGACAAAGUACAGGAAAGUGCACCCACACCUCUAUGAGGAAGAAAGGCAGCAUCUAGAGUGUGUGAACCACGAAGGGCAAACUGUUUUAGAGGAACUCAGGAAAAGUGAAGCCAUGAUGGUCCAAAAGAGGAAUCAGCUGAUCGAGAUGUAUCAGGAGCUGAUGAGGAUGUCUCAGCAGCCAUAUGUGCUGCUGCUCCAGGAUUUGGAUGCCAUGUUCAGAAGGAGUGAGUCGGUGCAGCUGUGCCUGCCCCAGCGUAUAAAACCAGAGCUCAAGGCCUUGCCCAUCACUGGACUCACUGAAAGGUCCAACUGCUUCCGAGUGAAUAUCUUCUUUAAAUAUGUGAUUACACUCCAUUACAAGAAGUACUUAUCUGAGAUCAUAAGUGGAUUUGGCUUUAGACCUCGGCAUCAGGAGACAGCUGCGGAAUCUGCUCAAUACUAUUAUGUUUCCUGGGCAGCACAAAGUUUCACCUCUGGGAAAUAUUACUGGGAGAUCGAUUUGACAGAAUCUAGGGAGUGGACUCUAGGGGUCUGUACGGAUGACUGGUUAAAGAACAGAAACCAGCAGAUUGAAUCUAAGAGUGCAUUUCUCCUUAUGUGUAUGAAAGUGGAUAAUCACUACAGGCUCCUCACCACCUGCCCAGGACUCCGUCACUAUGUAGAGAAGCCAGUGAGCCGGGUUGGCGUGCUCCUUGACUGUGAGGGUGGAUGUGUCAGCUUCCUGAAUGUAGCCAAGAGUUCCCUCAUAUACAGUUACCCUCCUGGCACCUUCCGUUACCGGGUCCGGCCUUUCUUGUGCAUUAGCCAUACAUGA